GGGGGCCGCCCGCGGCAGCCCCCAGGCUGGGGGAGUCCAGCCCAGAUAUUGAGUCUAGCCACUGAGAGAGCCAAACUCUUGUGUGUGUGUGUGCGUGUGUGUGCGUGUAUGUGUGUAUGUGUGUGUGUCUCUUCAAUAGCCCCCAAGAUGGCCGCCAAUGUGGGAUCGAUGUUUCAAUAUUGGAAGCAGUUUGAUCUACGACGGCUCCAGUGAAACACUGUUCUAAACUCUUUGGUGCCAGCGGUUUUCGAGGCUUCUGGGGCUGUCAUUGGAUGUUAUACUGGGGGGGAAAACCCCACCUGCUCCUUGUGCUAACGGACCAAAUCGCCCAGGCGCACACGCAUGAACAUGAAGGAGCUUAAUUCUGUUGCCUCUGAGCUGGCGUCGCGGCAGGAGGAGAGCCAGAAUUCUCAUAAACAUUUAAUUGAACUCCGUCGGGAAUUUAAGAAAAAUGUACCUGAGGAAAUCAGGGAGAUGGUCGCUCCAGUCUUAAAGAGUUUCCAAGCAGAGGUGGUUGCCCUUAGUAAGAGAAGCCAGGAGGCUGAGUCUGCCUUCCUGAGUGUCUACAAGCAAUUAAUUGAAGCACCAGAUGAGGAAGACCCUGUGCCUGUGUUUGAGGCAGCAAGAAGCUUAGAAGAUAGAUUGCAGCAGCUACAAGCUUUCGACCCCACCAGCCAACCCCUGAAAGAUCUCCACGUCCAGUGGAAGAAACAUCCAGAGAUUCUCAAGACCAAAGAGCAGAGAGAAGGGACGACUCCGGCUGGGUUCACGGUGUCAGAGGGACCCAGGCUUCCGGGCAUUCCCAACAAAGCACUUUUAACAGAAACCUUGCUUCAGAGAAAUGAGGCAGAGAAACAAAAGGGCCUACAGGAAGCACAAAUCACUUUGGCCGCUAGACUGGGAGAAGCAGAAGAAAAGAUCAAGAUUCUACAUUCAGCGCUAAAGGCCACGCAGACGGAGCUACUGGACCUACGGUGUAAAUAUGAUGAAGAGGUAGCAUCCAAGGCAGAUGAAGUAGGAAUGAUCAUGACCAACCUGGAAAAGGCCAAUCAGAGAGCUGAGGCGGCCCAGAGAGAAGUGGAAAGCCUGCGGGAGCAGCUAGCAUCUGUCAAUAGCUCCAUCCGCCUGGCAUGCUGCUCUCCCCAAGGACCCAGUGGGGAUAAGGUCAACUAUGCCCUGUGCUCUGGACCCAGGCUGGAGGCUGCCCUGGCCUCUAAGGACCGGGAGAUCCUGCGGCUUCUGAAGGACAUCCAGCAACUCCAGAACUCACUCCAGGAGCUAGAGGAGACAUCAGCCAAUCAGAUAGCCGAUCUGGAGCGGCAGCUGACCGCCAAGACUGAGGCCAUCGAAAAGUUGGAGGAGAAGCUCCAGGCUCAGUCUGACUACGAGGAGAUUAAAACAGAGCUGAGCAUCCUGAAAGCAAUGAAAUUGGCCUCCAGCACCUGCAGCCUCUCCCAGAGCAUGGCCAAGCCCGAGGAUGCCUUGAUGAUAGGAAAGGAUGGAUUCUUUCCUGGCCAGAAAUUCCUCCUGGAAAAACCAAGCCUUCUGGCCAGCACUGAGGAGGAUCAUUCUGAAGAUGAUUCUGUCAAAGACUCUCUGGGAACAGACCAGUCCUACCCCUCCCCCCAGCAGAUGCCUCAUCCUUCAGGGCCAGAAGACCCCAUCUCCCCCAGCCCUGUCCAGUCCCUGCUGGGCCCUGGCUUGGGGCAAGAAGGCCAAAGGACUUUCUCCCUGUCCCCCUUCCCUAGUCUGGGCACCAGCGAGAGGCUUCCAGGGGAGGCCCUACUCCCCAAGCCAAUGAUGCCCCCAGCAUUCAAGGGUGAAGGUGGGGGCCUGCUGGUGUUCCCGCCGGCCUUCUACAAUGCCAAGCCCCCACCGCCCCCGGCCCCCCCGAACCCGCCUGCCAGCACUGAUGCCACAACCCCCGGGCCUCCUGGGGACCAGGUGGAGAGCACCACAGUGGAUGAGGAGCAGCUGGACACGGCAGAGAUUGCCUUCCAGGUGAAAGAACAGCUGCUGAAACAUAAUAUCGGGCAGCGGGUGUUCGGCCACUACGUGCUCGGUCUGUCCCAGGGCUCGGUCAGUGAGAUCCUGGCCCGGCCCAAGCCCUGGAGGAAGCUCACGGUGAAGGGCAAGGAGCCCUUCAUCAAGAUGAAGCAGUUCCUAUCCGAUGAGCAGAACGUGCUAGCACUGAGGACCAUUCAGGUGCGCCAGCGAGGCAGCAUCACCCCAAGGAUCCGGACGCCCGAGACAGGCUCGGAUGAUGCCAUCAAAAACAUCUUGGAGCAAGCAAAGAAGGAAAUCGAGUCCCAGAAGGGAGGUGAGGCCAAGAACCCCUCCAUCCCACUCAGCGUCCCCAACGGCACCAACACCAGCACCUCAGAAGACGCCAUUAAGAGCAUCCUGGAGCAGGCGCGGCGGGAGAUGCAGGCCCAGCAGCAGGCCCUUCUGGAGAUGGAGUCAUCCAGCCGCGGCGGGGGGCGCUCAGUGCCCCCCUCGCCCACCGAGCGCCCUACGCUAGCUGCUGUGAGCCAGAACAUCGUCCAGGCCUACAUCAAGCAGGAGGAUGGGCCGGCGGGGCUGGGUGUGACCAGCAGCAGCGCCACUCAGACCCCCCUCACUGUCCUGUCCCCCGCGGCCUUUGUCCAGAGCAUCAUCCGCAAGGUCAAGUCUGAGAUCGGCGACGCUGGCUCCUACUUCGACCAGCACUGGGCCUCAGAACGCAGCGUCCUCAGUCGGCCCUACACGUCAGUCUCGCCAUCCCUCUCCUCCUCUUCCUCCAGCUACUCCAGCCAAGCCAACGGGAGGCCAUGGCCCCGGGGAGAGCCUGGGGAGGCCCUGGUGACUGAGGAGGAGGCCCCGGCAGUCACCAACGGGGAGGACGAGCUACCCAAGGUGGGCGAGAUGAAGCUGGAGGGGGCCAGCUCUGAGCCGCCUGGCGGUGGACGGCUGGCCUACUACCCGGCUUAUGUGCCCCGGACUCUGAAGCCCACCGUGCCCCCCCUGACCCCAGAGCAGUACGAGAUGUACAUGUACCGGGAGGUAGACACGCUGGAGCUGACCCGACAGGUCAAGGAGAAGCUGGCCAAGAAUGGCAUCUGCCAGAGGAUCUUUGGAGAGAAGGUGCUGGGCUUGUCCCAAGGCAGCGUGAGUGACAUGCUGUCCCGACCCAAGCCGUGGAGCAAGCUGACACAGAAGGGGCGUGAGCCAUUUAUCCGAAUGCAACUCUGGCUCACGGACCAGCUGGGCCAGGGCAUCAGCCAGCAGCCCAACCCCACCCAGGCGAGUCCAGGAGAAGCACGGUCCACGCCGUCCCCACCGCCCAGCCCAGGGGAGCCCGAGAAGAGCUCCCAGGAGCCCCUGAGCCUGACCCUGGAGAGCAGCAAGGAAAAUCAGCAGCCCGAAGGCCGCUCCGGCUCCUCGCUGAGUGGGAAGACGCACGCCAACGGCCAGGCUGCCGGAGGGAUCCAGGAGAUCGUGGCCAUGUCCCCAGAGCUGGACACCUACUCCAUCACCAAGAAGGUCAAGGAGGUGCUGACGGACAAUAACCUAGGUCAGCGGCUCUUUGGGGAGAGCAUCCUGGGCUUGACACAGGGCUCAGUGUCGGACCUCCUGUCCCGCCCCAAGCCAUGGCACAAGCUUAGCCUGAAGGGGAGGGAGCCCUUCGUGCGGAUGCAGCUCUGGCUGAAUGACCCCCACAAUGUGGAAAAGCUCCGGGACAUGAAGAAGAUGGAAAAGAAAGCCUACCUGAAACGUCGCUACGGGCUCAUCAGCACGGGCUCAGACAGUGAAUCACCCGUCACACGCUCCGAGUGCCCCAGCCCCGGGCUUCAGCCCCAGGACCUGAGCCUCCUGCAGAUUAAGAAACCCAGGGUGGUCCUGGCCCCAGAGGAGAAGGAAGCCCUGAAGAAGGCCUACCAGCUGGAGCCCUACCCAUCCCAGCAGACCAUCGAGCUGCUUUCUUUCCAGCUCAACCUCAAAACCAACACUGUCAUCAACUGGUUCCACAAUUAUAGGUCCAGGAUGCGCCGAGAGAUGCUGGUGGAGGGUACCCAGGACAAUGACACUGACCUAGACCAGAGCAGCUGCCCCAGCUUUCCGCCAGCCAGCAACUCCCACCAGGGACCCACCCCCCUGAGCCCAGACUCAGAGGCCGAAGACCAGAAGCCCGUAGUGAAGGAGCUAGAGCUCCAGGGCCCGAGUGACAGCUUUGCCCCUCUCCCUGCCCAGGGCAAGACCCUGAUCGUGAUCAAGCAGGAGCAGGAGGAGGGUGAGGAAGAAGAGGAGGGCUUGGGGCUUCACGACUCAGGGGAGGCAGACAUGGGCCAGAACCAGGGCUCGAGCCUCAAAGAAGAGCUGCCCGAGUCCACAGGCACGGAAGAAGUCCAGAAGAGGACCUCAGGGGCCCUCCUGCAUGGUAGCAACAUGCACCAGGCACCCGCCACCCCAGACUGCCCCCUCCUCCACCUCCCCCAAGAGACUGAGGAUGGGGAGCGGCUCCACCCUGACCCCAUCAGCUUUAAAUCCACCUCCGAGUCGUCCCGCUGUAGCCUGGAGGUGUCCCUGAACUCACCCUCGGCCGCCUCCUCUCCCGGCCUCAUGAUGUCCGUGUCGCCCGUGCCCUCCUCCUCGGCCCCCAUCUCUCCCUCCCCACCCGGCGCCACCCUUGCCAAAGUGCCGAGUUCCAGCCCCUCUGCAGAGACAGCUGGGGCUUUGCACCCCGGCACCAAGCCGAACCCCAGCACCCAGCGGCGGCACGAGAAGAUGGCCAACCUGAACAACAUUAUCCACCGGUUGGAGAGGGCUGCCAACCGCGAGGAGGCCAUGGAGUGGGAAUUCUGAAACUCAGAGCCCACUCCCCACCCUCCUUCAGGUGGCAAGGCCCUCUGCCCGAGGGAGAUAAGAUGGGGGAGGGGGACAAAGCAAAACUAUCAAACUCUAUCUGUGGACUGUGAUUUGUGGGGAUUGUUUUUUUUUUAAUUCCAUGAAAUUUUGAGGGGAUGGGUGGGAAGUUUCAGAGUCAGGCCUUCUCUUCAAUCCUGACCAACAUCCCUGCAGGCGGUGGUGGGCUCGGCCCCAUUCCAUCCUCGCUGGGAAAACUCAGAACUCUUUUAGAAAGAAAAAAAAAAAAGAAAAUAUUUAUAGACCUCUUUUAGCUAUUUUAAUAAAGGAUCCUUUCGAAUUUAUUAACGGUUUAAGCUGCUUUGAUAUUCAAGAGAGCUAUAAGUCAGGACGAUGUAGCAGUUGUCUGGAGACAGACGGUCUCUGAAGUCUUGUAGUUUGCCACUGGAUGAGAUUAAAGAAGACAUUUGUUCAAAGCCAUCACAAAGCACUAUGAGACUGACCAAAUGGAGUAACUUCUGAAGCGUGGGUUUUUUUUCCCCACAUUUGUCUGUGAGACAGUGCAUUACUACUGCCCUUUCCAAGACUGUUGAAAAAAAAAAGGAAAAAAAAAAGUCCCAAAAGACUCUAAAUGCAAAACUUUGAUGCCAUCGAGUAUAUAUUUCGUUCUGGUGGUAUGUUUUUUGAAACCCCUUGUAACACCGAAUGUCAUGUGCCGUUGUAUAUGUUGUAGAAAUGUCGGCGGUAGUCCUUCCUGAGCGAGAUGUAGCAUGGUACAUAAAAAAAAUUCCUUACACUUCCUCUAGUUAGAAACCUGCAAUCCACAGAAGCCAAGCACCGUCCAUGGACAAAACAUAUUUCCCAAUCCCCAAAGUGACCUGUGUGUGAGUGCGGGUGGGUAAGGGGCAAAAGGGUUGGAGAGA